AUGCUGAUGUUGCUGGUCCAGGGAAUACAUUCUGAGAACCACAGGAUUACAUCGAUCUUCCCAACAGUUGGUGACUGCCGCUCUGCAGUCAUGGUAAGCGAGUCCCCCGGCCCGGGCGCCGGAGUCCCCUGGCGGCGAAGGGACGAGGCGCUGCGCGUAAACGUCGGAGGAGUGCGUCGGCUGCUCAGCGCAUGCGCUGUGGCACGCUUCCCGGGCACGCGGCUGGGCCGCCUGCAGGCCGCGAUGUCAGAGGAGCAAGCUCGGUGCCUAUGCGACGACUACGACGCAGCAGCGCGCGAGUUCUACUUUGACCGGCACCCGGGUUUCUUCCUGGGUCUGCUGCACUUCUACCGCACCGGCCGCCUGCAUGUGCUCGAUGAGCUAUGCGUCUUUGCCUUCAGCCAAGAGGCCGACUACUGGGGCCUGAACGAGGGCGCGCUGGCCGCGUGCUGCCGUGCGCGCUACUUAGAGCGGCGCGUGACACGGCCGCGCGCCUGGGACGAAGACAGCGACACCCCAAGCAGUGUGGACCCGUGCCCAGAUGAGAUCUCCGACGUGCAGCGCGAGCUGGCAAGCUAUGGCGCCGCGCGCUGCGGACGCCUGCGCCGCCGCCUCUGGCUCACAAUGGAGAACCCUGGCUACUCGCUGCCCAGCAAGCUCUUCAGCUGCGUCUCCAUCGGCGUGGUGCUCGCCUCCAUCGCCGCCAUGUGCAUCCACAGCCUACCCGAGUAUCAGGCUCGCGAGGCGGCGGCUGCCGUAGCUGCAGUGGCCGCUGGCGGCAGCAUAAAUGAGGCACACGACGACCCGGUGCUGCGGCGCCUAGAGUACUUCUGCAUCGCCUGGUUUAGCUUCGAGGUGUCGUCGCGCCUCCUGCUGGCGCCCAGCACGCGCAACUUUUUCUGCCAUCCGCUCAACCUCAUCGACAUCGUGUCCGUGCUGCCCUUUUAUCUCACGCUGCUGGCUGGAGUGGCGCUCGGUGAUCGGGGUGGCGCGAGUGGUGAGGAUCUCGGAGACCUGGGCAAGGUGGUGCAGGUGUUUCGCCUCAUGCGCAUCUUCCGUGUGCUCAAGCUGGCGCGUCACUCCACCGGCCUCCGAUCGCUGGGCGCCACGCUCAAGCACAGCUACCGCGAGGUGGGCAUCUUACUGCUGUACCUGGCCGUGGGAGUGUCUGUGUUCUCUGGUGUGGCCUACACAGCUGAGAAGGAGGAGGAUGUGGGCUUCAACACCAUCCCAGCCUGCUGGUGGUGGGGUACCGUGAGCAUGACCACCGUGGGCUAUGGAGAUGUGGUGCCAGUGACAGUGGCUGGCAAACUAGCAGCCUCAGGUUGCAUCCUGGGGGGCAUACUAGUGGUGGCACUCCCAAUCACCAUCAUAUUCAAUAAGUUCUCCCACUUCUACCGACGCCAGAAGGCCCUGGAGGCAGCCGUGCGCAACAGUGGCCACCGGGAAUUUGAAGACUUACUGAGCAGCAUUGACGGAGUAUCAGAGGCAUCCCUAGAGACAUCCCGGGAAACUUCUUAGGAGGGAAGGUCUGCAGACCUGGAGACCCAGGUCCCAAUGAGUCUUCAAACUCUCAGGUAUUCCGAAUCCAGGGCUCCAUGUCCCCUUUCCUCCGCCCUGGAGAGUCAGCUAAACUACUGCAGAGAUUCCUCCCUAGUUCUUUUCUGA